AUGUCUCAAGCAAAUAUUGCUUAUAAACGUGAUUCAGAUGCAAUUUCUCUUGGUGACUUACCGUCAGACAAGCAAUAUACAUUAUCACCAGCGGCCUUGUCAGGACGCAUACGAUCAAUAAGUAAUCAAAUAGCACAUGGUCUUCAUCGUAGUUCACUCAAUGUAUUACCUGUAGAGAUUGAUAAUAAUCAUCCAUAUGAUAAUUCAUUCGAACAACAAGUACCGAAUAAUGAAGAAAAAAAAGGAACUCCAUUUAAUGAUGAUGAUGAUUCAUAUUAUUCAUUGAAAAAUUUUCGUGAAAGACGUCGUGGUAAACGUGAUGAAGAUUCUGGUUUGUCACGACGCAUCAAACGAUUUUAUAAAGAUCAAGAUGAACUUAUUGAUGUUUAUGAACAAGUACAUAAUCGAGGAAAUGGAGAUGAUAGUGCCAAUAUCGCACAUACAAGAACACAAAAGAUAUCGAAUAUUUUAACUAAAGUUUCACUCGCUGCUAAUAUUAUUUUAUUCAUUUUGAAAAUUGCUGGUGCAGUUAUAUCAACAUCACUUUCAGUUAUUUCUUCUGUCAUUGAUUCAGCUGUUGAUCUUGCAAGUUCAAUUAUUUUAUUUUGGGCAUGGUAUAAGAUUAAAAGACGAGAUAAAUAUCGUUAUCCUCAAGGUCGAACACGUCUUGAACCAAUAGGAAUUAUAGUUUUAGCAGUUAUAAUGUGUGCUGCCUCAGUAUUAGUUAUUUAUGAAUCGAUUAAUACAAUUGUUGAUGAUGCAAACUUUUUCAAGGCGGGACCGAAUACCACAAAAACAUUACAAGCUAUUGAUAUGAGUGCAUUUCCUAUAGCAGCUAUAGUUAUAACAGCUGUGGUUAAAGGAAUUUUAUAUAUUCUAUGUGUUCGUGUUAACACACCAACAAUGUCAGCAUUAGCUGCUGACCAUAUUAAUGAUACUGUUUCAAAUAUUGUUGCACUUGUUUGUGGUAUUGUUGGUUCAUAUGCAUACAAAAAUAAAAUAAACCAGAAAGCAAUUUUUAUUGAUCCAAUUGGUGCUAUUUGCAUAUCGGUUUAUAUUAUAAUAACAUGGAUUAAACAAAUGGGUGAUCAAACAAAACGUUUAAGUGGACAUACAGCUGAUCCAAGAUUUAUUUCACAAAUAACUUGGUUAACAUAUCAUCAUUCUCCAUUAAUUGAGAAAAUUGAUACAGUUCGAGCAUUCUAUUUUGGUACAUCGUAUUUAGUUGAAGUUGAUAUUGUUUUACCAGAAGAUAUGUUACUUAAACAAGCACAUGAUAUUGGAGAAGGACUACAGAAGAAAAUCGAAGAUUUACCUGAAGUUGAACGAGCAUUCGUUCAUCUUGAUUAUGAAUUUGAUCAUCAUCCGGCAGAUGAACAUAAAGUUGUGUAA